AUGUCAUCCAACGACGUGCGUAAGUAUGGGCUUCAUGGUGAAGUUCCUGGUGAUGAUCACAGCAGUGGCGGUAGUGACCCUCGUAGUGCACAACAUGAUGUUCAUCCGGAGCCUCCGGCCGACAUCCCUACGACCCGACUUAGUGGGUCUUUUGCAAGCAGCGGCCCUAGCAGUGACGCAGGGAGAGGGCGGCAGGACCAGGAAGGGACCUGGCGCACUCAGUCCUGGGGUGACCACGACUCCUGGGGAGAUAGCGAGUGGGGUGGUCAGUGGGCGAGUCACUCGGAUGGGUCCUGGAGGCAAUGGAGGUGGACUUGGCGAGAACAGGACGAUGGCCGCGGCGAUGGCGAUCGACCUCGUCGACCACGACCAGAACGUCGUCCCGACCCAUAUGAUCCACCGGGAGAUCGAAAAGUUCCCGAGGCAGAUGGACGAGACGGGGCUUCACGGCGGCGCGAUUCUGCGGGCCAACGCGGAGCAGGUGGAGAUGGUGGCGAGGAUGUCUCGACCACCUCGGCCGAGGAAGAGCCUCACGACCCUUGGAUGGAGGCGAAGCGCAGACAAGCACCUGCGAGCAAGCAGAUGCCCCAGCGCGACGUGGGAAGGCUACACUCUGAAGCCCAAGCUCGAGACGCUGUAUGGGAAGGAUGGCAGCACUUCGACUAUGCUGGUGGAAGUGAUCGUGAAGCAGAGCGCUCGCAGGCGGGCGCAGGAGGUGGGAGCCGACCCACUGAAAGGCUCACCGUCCCGACCUUCAACGGAGAGGACGAUGGCGACGAUGUUGGAACGUCGGCAAGAUCCUAUCUUCGGCAGAUCGAAGCUUGGCGGCGGAUGACCCGCCUACCGGCGGCGCAGCAAGGCUUGGUGCUCUACCAGAAUCUUGCUGGAAAGGCAUGGGUGGCGGCAGAGGAGUUGAACGUCGAUAAGCUCUCUGCGGACACCGGCGUUCAGUACCUGGUUAAAUGGAUCAGUGGCCGCUACCUCGACCUUGAGAUCACCAGGAUCGGGAAGGCGUUCUCCGAGUUCUUUCGGCGCCUUCGACGCCGACCGGGGCAGUCCAUCCGCGAGUACAACGCCGAGUACGACCGACUUCAUGCUCGACUUCGCGAAGUUGGAUGUGCUCUACCUGAAGAUUGCGCAGCUUGGCUCUACGUUGACCGUCUUCAACUUGAAGAAAGUGCCGAGCUCAACCUCCUAGCCAGUGUCGGUAACGCCUACUCCUUACAUAGGCUGCAGAAGGCAGCAGUCAUACAGGACUGCAUCCCCGAGGACGUCGCAAAGGCCUACGUCACUUACCAGUCGGCGAAGCAGAGGUACAAGGACCAACAGAGGGCACGUGGUUAUGUGGCUGGCGACGGCAAUGCCGGCAACCACUCCGACAACAAGGAUGAGAAGCUCAAAGCUAUGAAGGCGAGGAGUUUGUGCAGUGGAUGCGGUCGCCGGGGACAUUGGCAUAAGGAUGCUGAAUGCCCAAAGAAUAAGCCAGGUACCAAUCACCAAGCGGCGCCCAAGACCGACGUCAAGGACAUCAGCAUGUGCAACGUGCUCCCUGCCGAGGUCUAUGCCACCAAGCAUGAAGGGGAGUUCCUGCUGGGGAUCACGGAUACCGCGUGCGCAAGGACUGUGGCUGGCACGCAGUGGCUGCAGAAGUACACCGCGUACCGCUUCGGGACGGGCAAGGUUCACUACUCCGCCUUCUACGUCGUGCUGGGUUUCGAGCUCGGGAAUAAGGUCGUGGAGGUCAGGACCUCGAUCAUCAACGGGGACGUCCCGCUCCUUCUGUCGAAGGGCGUGCUCAGCAAGCUUGGCAUGAUCUACAACGUGGAACUUGGCCGGGCUGACUUCACGAAAGUAGGGCUACAGGGCCUUGAGCUGCAGGUGACAACUUCCGGCCACCCUGCCAUUCCUAUAGUCCCUGCCAAGGUCGCAGGAGAUGUCUCAGGCGGGCUCCAAGCCGAGGAUUUGCGACUUUCGCCGCGUGAGCAAUAUACUGUGUACGCUGUAGCGCAUGGUAGCUUCAAGACCCCCACUACUUUCAACAUCUUCUAUGACAAGAAGCUAGAUCCUGGGGCACGAGAUAUGCUAUGUCAAGAGCAUCUUCAUCAAGAAGCUUUCCUAGCAUGGUGGAAAAGUACCGGGGCCACGUCAGACUUUUGGUUAGAGUCCCCCGAGGCCUGGAUAACAGUGCAUAUGACCCCCAGAAAGGUCCUCUUCAAUCCCUCGAUGUGGCGAACCCGAGCUACCCUCCAGAAAGAGAUGUUGCUUCAGACCGCAGGACUUGGAUUAGCAAGCGCUAUAGCCCUCACGACCUCCUUUGCGCUCCUGGUCAUGGAGCAAGGACCAUGCCCGCCGCGAGCCCGGACGAUCAGCCAGAUGACCAAGACAGAGCUCUUGAGCGAGGCCACCAGGUUGGGUCUGGUGGUUCACCGGACCUGGGCGGUGGAGGAGCUCAAGGCGGUGAUCAUGGAACACAGGGAGGGCCUGAAAGAGAGAGACCUGACGCACAUGACGUUGGCCCAGUUGCAGGCCAAGGCGGACAGCCUGGGCAUCGACUACCCGACGGGAACCACCAAAGGCAACCUCAUGCGUCUGAUACGGGACAGCCUCAACACCCCAGAUCAAGAACUCAUGAAGAUAGGGAAAUUUCGUGGAUUUCAGUUUGUGGAGAUCCCAGAAAGCUACUGCGAGUGGGUGAUGAGAGAGCUGGCCACUGCGACCAGUCCCGACCCGGAGCUUGUCCGCCUGAGGAACUGGUACCGCUUCCGCAAGCAGAAGAUAGCUGAGGGGUACACGGCGGUCCCUGAGGAGCGCGAGCCCGACCUCGAGCGCUACAGCAAGAUCAUCAGAAUGGGGAGUCGUGAGCGACAAGGGCUCGAGGACCCGGCGCCGUGCCCACCACGACACGGUCGAGAGAAGGAGAUGGAGGCCGACAUCGACCCGAAGACGGUGGCAGAGAUUGCGGAGCUGGAGACUCGUCUCGCGAUCCUGAAGGACAAG